CAUAAGAUGGCGAUAGUGAAUAAAUGUCAAACAAUAGCAUUUAAAAAUUUCCAAAUUCUUGUUAGAAAACGGCACAUUUUCAGUAGUUUUUCAGCGAUUUUUUUGCGGAACUAUUCGUGCAAAAUGUCGAAAACAGCCUGCGUAUUUUUAGCCAAAGGCACUGAGGAAAUGGAGUUUGUUAUAACUGCUGAUGUUUUGAGGAGAGCUGGGAUUAAUGUGACUGUAGCAGGUGUUCCAGAUAACAAACCCAUAUUAUGUAGCAGGGAUAUAACAAUAAUCCCUGAUAUUGGUGUAGAAGAUGUAAAGUCCAAAGGUCCUUACGAUGUUUUGGUAUUACCUGGGGGUUUGGGUGGUUCUAAAGCUUUUGCAGAAUCUAAAACAGUUGGUUGCCUACUAAAAGAACAAGAAGAAAGUGGUGGCAUCAUUGCUGCCAUAUGUGCAGCUCCAACUGCCCUUAAAGCUCACUGUAUUGGAGUUGGUAAAACUUUAACUUCAUACCCAGCUAUGAAAAAUGACAUGGAAGAAGGUGGUAUGUAUAGAUACAAAGAAGAUAAAGUUGUAGUUGAUGGUAAUCUCAUUACAAGCCGUGGACCUGGAACAGCAUUUGAUUUUGCUUUAAAUAUUGUUGAUAAAUUGUUGGGAAGGGAAUCUGCACAAAAAACUGCUCAACCAAUGUUGCUUGAUUAUUAGAUUUAUGUAUUGUUAAUAAAAUUGUUUUGUAUCACUUAUUUUGCUGUUUUAUUAUUGGAUUGUAGAGUUUUUGUAAUUAAAUCUAGAGUGUAGUCAUGCAAAAUGUGACAGAUCAAGCAUGCCAUGAAGGAAUUUAAUGACAGUUGAGAUCUCAAAUAAAAUGGUUUAUUUCUUUA